AUGAAUUCAUCCACAUCGACACUACAAAGCCCAUCGUUCUCACAGCCAGGGCAGGCCCCUGACCAACAAUCAACGAGACUACUCCUGCAGUCAUAUCUCCAGUGCCUCGACCGCCUUGACAGGUUAGAGCAUCGUGUGCACGAGGAAAUCCAGGAGAUGCGCAGCCUCUUUAGGAAUAUCCUUGACAACUACCAGUCAAAUGUCACCAUGGAAGAUUCUGGCGGAUGUGAUAGCACCGUCGACUCCCAAGCUGGGCUCGAUGGCCUCAAUGUAAUUACACCAUUUGGAUCUUCACACGACCGCUACUUCAUGCCACAACCUGCACCGCAUGAGGCAUCGUUUGGGGUCAUGGGAUCGCUAUCAGAGAGCAUAGAAGGCUUAUUGCUCAAUGGCACCCGCGAAUUUGCCAACUAUGUAACGCCUCAGCACAGCAUGUACUCUGAGGACUUUCUGGCAUUCUAUGACCCGCGUGUCACGGAAUCAUCAUCAGAGUCUGGGAUUGUGGAUGCUCGCCUCGGUUUCUCGCUCCGUGGCACGAUCGACUCCAUCUAUGAACCUGCUGCGCAACCCUUCCAAGGCGUUUAUCUCGAGGAGCAUGUCCCAUUGGAUUCUUUAGUCGGACCCGACGCGCAGCUGCCUGUCCCCGUUGAGCCAUUCAUGGCAGAGGAAGCCCUAGAGAUAGUAGUUAUGGAGGUCAUAGAGGGAACAGGGAAGGCGAUGCGCACCGCCGUUUGUAAUGUCGAGUAUUUUCAGGGGAGUGCUACAAUACCUAUCAACUUAUUAAACGCGUUACGCCAUGCUCAAAACACGUGGUUUUAUCAGAACUUUACCUCUUCGAUUUUCAAGACUCCUGAGCUCAGCACGUCAAAGUCCGGUGGAGGAACGAGAGUUUCACUACACUCACAUAUCGCUGAUCGGCUAAAAUAUGCAUUCAACGUUACUGCGCAAGCCAUCAGAGCAUUGAGGAAGAUACGUAGCACUCGGUCAGGACGAGUCGGAGAUCCGGGACCAUCAUGGAAUUCUAGGGUCUCUGGGACGUUCAAUAUGGAUUCUAAUACUGUACAGGACGCAGCUAAGACUAAGGAACCUGUUCGCAGUCUAGUACAACCAGCUCUUGAACAACAAUCCGAAGACAGGAAUCUUGCAAAACCUACUGGUAGCAAUCAUUCUCGUUAUUGUGAUUACUCCAAGUGCCCCGGGCCUAUAUCCGACCUCAUUGCGCUGCCAUGGCCGCCCAAGAAAUGGCGGAAAGGCCAACCGGAGACAGAAACGCCGAGCUCGACGCACCUGGAUGUAGACGUCGAUGAUGAUGAAGCUCCUGAUUCAUGGGACAAAAUUUUCAACCGAUGUAGACGCCUGGUUGACCUUACCACCAAGGUUGUCAAGGAAUUGACUUAUGCUACGCAAUUUCAGUGA